CAUUUUAUUCACAAACUAGUACGAAACGAACUCCGUAAGAGUAACAAGUAUACAAAACGAUUGCAAAAUGGGUGUAAAGUCAGUCCUUGCGUUGGCAUUUGUGCUAGCUGUGGUAGCCGCAGCAAAUAUUCCACCGAACGAUGUUGCGUUCGCUGAAGUUUAUAAAAAUAACAUUGACAUCGACACCGCUAAUUCACGUCAGUCCAAUCAUCUGAUCUUGGGAAGCAGAAUACCGGGCGAUCGACUAGCUGUUCAACAAAGUGUCGUAAAGUCAUCUUCUUGGAUGCAAGUUACCACCCGGGAGCAGACUUUCAGCACUAGCGGAUACGGCUUGAUCACCCAGAUCCAAGCAUUGGAUCAGAAGACAAACGGUAACGGUGCUCGCGCUAUAGUAACAGCUGGAGGUCCUGGACAGAACUACGUAACACUCAGAUUCAAGAGUCAAAGAGGACAUGGAAUUAAUUUCUUAGUACAAAUCUACGCCCGUUAAAUUGUAUAAGUCGACUUUGAAUUUCGGAAUAAAAAGUUUGUUCAUUCUGCAUUAA